AUGGCUUUGCUGCUGAGCAUUGCAUGUGUGGGGGUGGCGAUUGGAGAGACUCCUGGUCCUGUGGGAGAUACUCAACAUCCUUCGGGGAAAAAUGGUGAAACCGGCCCUCAAGGUCCUUCUGGUCCUACUGGACCUUUAGGUGAUAGAGGGAGUACUGGUGAGUCUUUGAAAGAUUCUGCUUCUUCUACUUGUCCUCCAGCUACUAAUAGUGAAUCUACUGAGGUUGCUAGCCGUACCUGUGAUUCUCGUACUAUUACUACUACUACUGUCCCUUCUGGUGGUGGUGAUGAUAGUAGUAGUAGUAGUGGUGGUGGAGGUCAGGGCGCAGGGCAGCAGGUACAAGGUACAUUGGUUGGCCGUACAGAUGAGAACAGGGCUGGCAACGGUACUGACGAAGAUCUCGUUGACCCAGGGCAGAAGGAUAAAUUACAAACAGGCAGUGAUGAACAAAGUAAACAAUUGAAGGAAGCUGGUAAAGCAGCAGAGAGCCCUUCCGUUAGCGACAGAAGAGACGCUGAGAAUACUGAUUCCCAAACUGAUGCAAGGGGUACUACACAAUCAACAGGGAACCCAACUGACGGUUCGCAUUCAGAAGAACCCUCUGCUCCCACCCAGCAAACGAAUACAAGUGACACUUCUUCUGGCAGUUCAUCUGCGGAGAAUGCUGUGAGUUCAGAUGCUGCAACGGAUGUGAGUAACGCUGCCACUUCAUCUGAAGAGAGUAAAUCAACAAAUAACACAGCUACAACCACCACCACCACCACAACAACAACAACAACAACACUUCCUCCUGAACUCACAAACAACAAGAAGGGUGAUGCAGACAGCAGCAGCAGUAUCAGCAGUUCUGUGUGGGUGCGUGUACCACUACUGAUUGUGGUUACACUAUCCUGUAUUCUUGUGUGCUGA